GCUUUUCAGCCAUAUGAAUAUGCCAGAAUUAGCCCCCAGGCUAUUUUACAUUUGUAGUCCUUAUUUUUUAGUAUAUAUAAAUUUAUUUUUGACUACCCAAUGUGAUCACAUCUCAAUCCAGUAGAUGGCGGUAAUGCUCAAAGAUUGUAAGCUGCCAAUAAAAUUCACUGAAGAAGAAGAAGAAGGAGUUCAGGGAAACUGAAACUGUUGGGCUGUUGUGUGUGUCGUCUUUCUUUCUGUGAGUACAUACAGUGAAAUGGCAGAAGCCAGUAUUUCUGUGGUUCAGGAUCAGUUCAGCUGUUCAAUCUGUCUGGAUCUACUGAAGGAUCCAGUGGCCAUUCCCUGUGGACACAGUUACUGUAUGAGCUGUAUUACAGACUGCUGGGAUCAAGAUGAUCAGAAGAGAAACUACAGCUGCCCUCAGUGCAGACAGACCUUCACUACAAGACCUGAUUUAAAUAAAAAUGUGGUGAUUACCGAGAUGGUGGAGAUACUGAAGAAGACAAAACUACAAGCUGCUCGUCCUGAUCACUGUUAUGCUGAAGCUGGAGAUGUGAAGUGUGACGUCUGUACUGAGAGAAAACACAAAGCCGUCAAGUCCUGUCUGGUGUGUCUGAACUCUUACUGUCAAAAUCAUUUUAAACUUCAUGAAGAACUUCACUCAGGAAAGAGACACAAAGUGAUAGACGCCUCUGGACGACUUCAGCAGAUGAUCUGCCCUCAACAUGAGAAACUUUUAGAGAUUUACUGUAAAACUGAUCAGCUCUGUAUAUGUUAUCUGUGUAUGGUGGAUGAACACAAUGAACAUAAGACUGUAUCAGCUGCAGCAGAGAGGACUGAGAAACAAAAAGAACUGAAGGAGACGAAGACAAAAUACCAGCAGAGAAUCCAGGAGAGCCAGAAGAAGCUUCAGGAGCUGAGAGAUGCUGUGGAGACUCAUAAGAGCUCUGCACAGACAGCAGUGGACGACACUGAGAGGAUCUUUACUCAACUGAUCCAAACCAUUGAGAGAAGACGAUCUGAGGUGACACAGCUGAUCAGAGAUCAGGAAAAGACUGCAGUGAGUCAAGCUGAAGGACUCUUGAAGCGACUGGAGCAGGAGAUUGAUGAUCUGAGGAGGAGAGACGCUGAGCUGGAGCAGCUUUCACACACAGAUGAUCACAUCCAUUUCCUUCAGAGUUUUCAGUCUCUCUCUGUUCCUCCUGGAUCUUCAGACUCACUCAGCAUCACUGUCAGCUCUCUCAUCUCUUUUGAUGAUGAAGGAAAAUCUGUGUCUCAUCUGAGAGAGAAACUGAAGGAUUUCUGUAGAGAAGAGAUAGAGAAGAUAUAUAAUAAAGUUACUCCUGAACCUGAGACCAGGGAGCAGUUCCUAAAAUAUUAUCAUCACUUCACUGCAGAUCCAAACACAGCACAUAAACAUCUCUGUCUGUCUGAGGGGAACAGAGUGAUAACUUACACUGGCAGAGUCCAGCCGUAUCCUCAUCAUCCAGACAGAUUUGAUGAUCGACCUCAGGUGUUGUGUAGUGAGAGUGUGAGUGGACGCUGUUACUGGGAGGUUGAGUGGAGUGAUGAUGUGUUUAUAUCAGUGUCAUAUAAGAGCAUCAACAGGAAGGAAUGGGGUUUUGAGUGUUUGUUUGGUUUUAAUGAUCAGUCCUGGAGUUUGUUCUGCUGUGACUCCAGUUGUUCAUUCAGGCACAAUAACAUUGAGACUAAACUCCCUGUAGUGUCCAGAUCUUCUAGAAUAGGAGUUUAUGUGGAUCACAGUUCAGGAUCUCUGUCCUUCUACAGCGUCUCUGACACAAUGACCCUCAUCCACAGAGUCAACAUCACAUUCACUAAACCUCUCUAUCCUGGGUUUAAUGUUUGUGGAUCAGUGAAACUGUGUGAUAUAACAAUAUAGAUGAUACAGAGAGUAUAAAUAAUUUUGAUAUUAGAAGUCUGCACAUGAUGAAUCAACAACAAAGAAAUAAUAAGUCUUUUAAUUUUCUAAUCAGCAAUUUAGACACACAUUUAAUUUUAACAUUUAGUUUGACAUUAGUUUAAUUUAAAAUAUAUAAUGCAACAUUGAGUUUAUACUAAACAUUUCUAACAAUAUGUUUAAAAACCAUCACUGAGGUGUAUUCAUGUCUGAAUUGCACAUCACUUACAUAAAAUAUCCAACUACAAUAAAACCUUUAAGACAUUUGCAUUGUUAUUUUCAGGUAUUACUGUAUUACAGUAACGUGAACCACAAUAAUGACAGUACAGUUACUAUUUUAAAGAUGGGUGCAGAAAUCAUAAAAUACCCAAAUCCAUUCUUACCAGUAGCACAUAGAGCACACUGUCAGAUAAAAUAGUCACUAGCUGGGGCACUACACAUAAUUAAGUACACCUUUGUAGGAUUUUGUGGUGUUUAGUUUUUUUUUUUUUAAGUUGAAACAACUUGCAGUUUCUGAUUUUGUUCAUUCAACUAAAAAAGUUUUACUCUCUACUACACAAAGGUUUUCAUUCACUAAAGAAAUGUUUCAUUUUCAUCUAAAUAAAAAUCUUUAGGGUAAUGGUUCACAUCUAUAUUUUAUACUUGAGCCAAUGAAAAAUAUACAACUUGCCCUAAACAAUAUUUUCUACAUCUAUGAUAACCUGGCAAAAAGUGUGGUUGGGUUGAAGAUGUGAUGAAGUUAACUGUCUCUACACAGUGUCUUGAAUUCAGUACCUGGGGGUCACCUGAGGUUCUGUCAAUAACCACUAGACCCCAAAGGAACCAUUUUACUCUCAUCAGGCAACAAAAUGUUUUUUUUUUUUAUUAUUUGUUGAUGUGAUUCUGCUGAUGCCUUUUUUCAACAAUGGUGCUUUACUGUAUGGGGACUUCUUGCAAACAGUUUAGCUUUAAUCAGAUGUCUUCUGACUGUCACAGUACUUACAGAUCAUCUUAGAUCAUCUUUGAUCUUUCUAGAGGUGAUGAAAAGCUGAAUCUUUGCAUUCCUGACUAUUCUUCAAUCUGUUUUAAGAGAAGUUGCUUGUUUUCAUCCAUGUGCUUUGGGUUUGUGUUGCUGUUUUAAAGCAUUUGAGAUCAUUUAGGCUUAGCAUCCUAAACUUUGCUGUAUUUUACGUUUUCCCCUCUCAAAUCAACUUUUUAAUCAAAUUGCAUUGUUUCUCUGAGCAAUGAUGGAACGUAGUAAAGUGAAUUUACUUAGUAAUUCAGCAGCAGAAGAUCUAAGACUUUAAAUGUUGAAGGAGUAAAAGUUAACAGGUUAAAUAAAUGCUGGACAAAAGAACUCAAUAUCAUUCCAAACACUAAUGAAAUCAUCGGCAGCUAUUUUCACAAUGAAUCUGGAAAAAAUCACAAUUGAAGGCCUCAAAACAGGCACGUAACUAACUGUUUAAAUUUUAGUUCUGCCUUAAUGCCACAUAAUAUGUCAACUUAUUGCCUAAUAAUUUUGUAAUGUUUUUAAUGAACAUAAAAACAAGCUGGAUGUAUUUUUAUGAAAAUGAUUAAGGCAGUUGAUGGUAAGUUUUGUGUAAAUAUGAAAAAGUAGAAAUAAAAAUGUUGUGUAA